AGCCACCAUGAGGUCCAGCACAUGGCUGCUCCCCCUGCUCCUUCUCAGCUCUUCCACCAGCGGUGCGAGCGGGCAGUGUGCGGAGGAGAUUAUGGUGCGCCGCAACCAGGUGCUCGUGGCUCAGGAGGGCGAGCAGCUGGAGGUCGAGUGUCCCGUCAGCUUCUGUUCAGACCCACCGCCCCGUGUCUCAUGGGUGAAAUAUACAAACGGGUCGGACAAAGACAAGCCCGGGUCCGUGUUGGAGAGCAGGUGGGAGGGCCUGUCGAAUAGCUCCGGUGUCUCCUACCUCACCUUCACUCACCUGCUCCUCAACCACUCUGGGGAAUACAGAUGUGAAACCAACUUCACCAAAGGCCAUAUCAUCAACAUCACUGUCACAGGAAGUGCAGAGGUUUCUGUUGAAGAAGACGACGACCGGCGUGCAGAUCGCGGGGGUCCGGCCCAGCUCCAGCCCUACCUGUGGGCCUCAGCGGGGGUCCUCCUGUGUGUGGUGGUGGUGGUCACUCUGUCAGUUGUGUCCCUGCAGCGCUGCCCAGGAGACCCCAGAAGGAUGGCGGAGUAUCAGAACACAGUGGUGCCGAUGACUCAGUAUCCAUCAGCGCACUCUAACCCUGGACAAGCCCCUCCCAGCGACACGCCCCUCUCCCUCGCACGCCCCCACCGCCCCGCCCCGAGCCCCCCCACGGCCCACCGGACGUCUCAGCAUGGCCGUCUCUAUGGCAACCGAGGGGAGAAGGAGGCGGAGGAGGAGGAAGAGGAGGAUCAGUCCAUUUGGUACGCGGCCCUGAAUCACGAUGUGAUGCCAGUGGCUCCCAGAGUGCGCCGUAGAGAUAGCUUGCAGGACGUGGAGUACGCAGCCAUCCACGUAGCAUAGCGAUGGAGCUAGCACAGGGUUCAUAGCCUCAUCACUGGGCUAUCUUAUGAGUUAACUGAUUAGCCUAACCUCCUAGCUAAUCCACUAGCUAAACGAUUCGCUAAACGGUUAGCUUACACGUUAGCCAACCUAUGAGCUAAAAGAUUAGUUUACCUAUGAGGUAAUGGAGGAAUUCAGUGAUGAGCUAAACUAUGGGAUAACACAUUAGUUAACCUAUUAGCCAGCUGACUUGAUGAAUGAUUAUCUAACCUAUGAGCUCACUGAUUAACUAACCGAUUAGCAAAUCACUAGCUAACCUAUGAGCUCACUGAGUAACUAUACUGUGGACCAGUCAACACCACUGAAAUCACAACACAUACAUGAACCACAUCUUUGCGCUGUUUCUGUUAAAAUUACUGAUGCAACAAUAUAAAUGCACACUGAAACCAUAACUCAUAAAUGGGUGUGAAAGAUGUUCACAACCCUUUGGCCUUCGUGUUGGUCUUUAUCUUAUGUUAUUAUCUGAAUAAGUUCUACUUUCCAGUUUGUAACCAUUGCCAUCGCAAGCAGUCCAUUGCUUUGACUCCAUUGUGCAGUGUAAUAUAUGUGUGUAUGUAUAUUUAUAUAUAUAUUACAAUAGUAUGUAUGGCAUGUAAAAGAUUAUUACGUGUGUCAAUGAUUAUUCACAUGUUAAUGAAUACUCAACAUGUAACUUAGCUGAUAAUAAUGUACAUAUAUAAUAAUUAACAUGCAUAAUUUGCAGGUAGACUAUAUGUAAAUUAUCAUUAUAUAUGUACAUUCACACUUUACAUGUAAAUGAUUGUAUAUGUAAAUUAUUUAAAUAUCUACAUUCAAGCUAUACUAACUAUUGUAUAGGAAUAUGAUACAUUAUUAUUAUAUGUUUAAUUAAUUACGACAAAUCAAUUAAUACCAUAUAGGCCUAUGUGAAUGAUAACAACAUGUAAAUUAAUACUGUACAUAUAAAUUAACACUAUGUAAUUAUAUUUUUAACAUAUGUGUAGGCUACGUUAUUAACAUGCAUUGUCAUGAUAUAUAAUGAUGACUAUAUCUAAAAUGAUUACGAUGUAUGGUUCAGCAUCUUUGUAAUUUGUGUUUUUAAUACCGAAUGGUAUUAUGUAAUAUGUGGUACGUUAUUUUGUCUGUAUUAUGUUAUAAUGCAUGGACGAUGUGAUUAUGUUUGAAUUAUGUAAUUCGGCACAGCGGUCAUUACCCUGAAAUAAACCGGGGAGAUUCAUGAAGACUAUAAAUGAUUAACGCUAUAGAAGAAUAGUCCAAAUGAUUGAUGAAAAGAGCCAGAGAACCAAACGCUGCUCUUAGAUUCAAACCCGGGAGUACGUCUCCUAUGACCAGGUCGAGUCCUUUAGGCCAUUCUAGGACAGCCUUCCAGUCCUCUGAUCCUCAAUGAAUCCAAUCCCGUGUGGUCGUCCGGGUCUUCAGUCCCGCGCCGUGG